AUGAAUUGUUUUACAAAAAGAUUGUUUUCCUCAAUUGAUUCUGGACCGAAUUUAAUCUUCCGAAAGGCUAAGGUUUCAGGAAAAUCCAUAGAAGACUUGAAAUCGUCGAAAGUUAUCGUUCCUGGGUUUAAGGGAGAAGCUUUAUAUGGAACAUCACCUGUUUUAGAAGCUUUAAUAGCAGGCAGGAGAAAAAUUUUCAAACUUUAUAUAAAGCGAUCAGUAAAAGAUAGAAGGUUCGAGGAUGGAAGAGUUUCAAAAAUUCUAAGCCUGGCAGAAGAAUUAAAAAUUCCCGUAGGAAGGUUAACUCAAGCUCAAUUUGAUCGUAAGACAAACUUCCAACUUCACAAUGGUGUUUGUAUAGAUGCUUCAAGUAUGUCUUUCUCGGAUUUCAAUGACGAGUGUCAACAGCUUUUGUUCCUGGAUGGAGUCUUAGAUCCAGGAAACAUUGGUGCUAUAGCUCGAACAGCUUUCUAUUUUGGAAUUAGUCAAUUGGUCCUCCGAUCAAGUCGCUGUCCUAAUUUGAUAACUCCCGUCAUGAGUAAAGCAUCUAGUGGAGCUCUGGAGCAUAUGAGUGUUUCCAAACUGGAUGAUGAAGUUCUGAGAGAGAAGCUUAGCGGUUUCACACUGAUCGGUACAGUUGAACCAGGCAGUACGAAUGAAAAAGUUCCGAUCAUUGAUAUAAGAAACUUUACAACUGACCAAGGGAAAAAAUUAGCUUUGGUCUUAGGAGAUGAGGGCGAAGGGAUGUCCCCGUUAAUGAGAUCUUUGUGUGAAAAAUUGGUCACGAUUCCUAGACUCAGAGAAAAUUCAAGUGUCAACUCUUUGAACGUGUCAGUAGCAGCAGGAAUAUUUCUGUAUCACUUGAAUCAAACAUAUAUCAAAGAAUAA